GGUCCUUGGGCUGACAUUUCCGGUAUUCGCCGUGCACGCAUGGGGAAAUGGGCGAGAGCCCGCGUAGACAGGCAGAGGGUCCGUAGAUAUUCUUGCUCAAGUGUGGUUGACACGCAGCCAACGCGCCAUCGGUGUGUGGCUGUCUCGCCAGCCGAGCUUUCGCCAUGUUCGGUCUGUGCAGGUCCACGCCGACGUCCCGGGCAACGGAAGUCGUGGGAGCGGCGAGGGCUGGCGUUGUUGGGGCGGCGGGGGCCGACGUCACCCGGGAAGAUGUGAUCGCUGUUCAGAACGCAUGGGCGGGCGCGAUCAAAAAGAUUUCGAGGAUCUACAUAGAGAAUGGCGACUACGUCCAGGCCGCUGCUACCGCAGCUGGUGAGCUCUACGCCUACGGCAAGUACGAAGUGCUUUUCAAGCCGACCAAGGCCGCCCAACACCAGUUCCGGCCGAAGGCCGAAGAUGCCAUGUCCUAUUUUGUCGGCUGCAAGGCUGUCGAACAUGGGUACGCUGAGGACGGAGGUUUUGCGAUCAAUGGCGGCAUGGGCUGGUCGGAUUGCGUGUAUGACAACCACCAGAUCGAUCUCAAUUGUCAUGUCGCCAUCGCCAUGGGCAACUACUACUUCACCUGCGCAACAACUGGAGAGAAACCCAAAGUCGAGUACACCUUUGGCUACCAACGCUGCGACGACGGCAAGGUGCGAAUCUUCUUGCACCAUUCGUCCGUGCCGUACGACGUCUCCGGUAAAGCAGCGGACCCCAGGGGUCAUUUGGCGGCCAGCACAGCAGCGGUCACCCGGGAAGAUGUGAUCGCUGUUCAGAAAGCAUGGGCGGGCGCGAUCAAACAGAUUUCGAGGAUCUACAUGGAGAAUGGCGACUACGUCCAGGCCGCUGCUACCGCAGCUGGUGAGCUCUACGCCUACGGCAAGUACGACGUGCUUUUCAAGCCGGCCAAGGCCGCCCAACACCAGUUCCGGCCGAAGGCCGAAGAUGCCAUGUCCUAUUUUGUCGGCUGCAAGUCUGUCGAACAUGGGUGCGCUGAGGACGGAGGUUUUGCGAUCAAUGGUGGCAAGGGCUGGUCGGAUUGCGUGUGCGACAACCACCAAAUCACACUCAAUAUCGAUGUCGCCAUCGCCAUGGGCAACUACUACUUCACCUGCGCAACAACUGGAGAGAAAUCCAAAGUCGAGUACACCUUCGGGUAUAAACGGUGCGACGACGGCAAGGUGCGCAUCUUCUUGCAUCAUUCGUCCGUGCCGUACGACGUCUCCGGUAAAGCAGCGGACCCCAAGGGUCAUUUGGCGGCCAGCGUAGCAGCGGUCACCCGGGAAGAUGUGAUCGCUGUUCAGAACGCAUGGGCGGGCGCGAUCAAACAUAUUUCGAGGAUCUAUAUGGAGAAUGGCGACUACGUCCAGGCCGCUGCUACCGCAGCUGGUGAGCUCUACGCCUACGGCAAGUACGACGUGCUUUUCAAGCCGACCAAGGCCGCCCAACACCAGUUCCGGCCGAAGGCCGAAGAUGCCAUGUCCUAUUUUGUCGGCUGCAAGUCUGUCGAACAUGGGUACGCUGAGGACGGAGGUUUUGCGAUCAAUGGCGGCAUGGGCUGGUCGGAUUGCGUGUAUGACAACCACCAGAUCGAUCUCAAUUGUCAUGUCGCCAUCGCCAUGGGCAACUACUACUUCACCUGCGCAACAACUGGAGAGAAAUCCAAAGUCGAGUACACCUUUGGCUACCAACGCUGCGACGACGGCAAGGUGCGAAUCUUCUUGCACCAUUCGUCCGUGCCGUACGACGUCUCCGGUAAAGCAGCGGACCCCAGGGGUCAUUUGGCGGCCAGCACAGCAGCGGUCACCCGGGAAGAUGCGAUCGCUGUUCAGAACGCAUGGGCGGGCGCGAUCAAAAAUAUUUCGAGGAUCUACAUGGAGAAUGGCGACUACGUCCAGGCCGCUGCUACCGCAGCUGGUGAGCUCUACGCCUACGGCAAGUACGACGUGCUUUUCAAGCCGACCAAGGCCGCCCAACACCAGUUCCGGCCGAAGGCGGAAGAUGCCAUGUCCUAUUUUGUCGGCUGCAAGGCUGUCGAACACGGGUACGCUGAGGACGGAGGUUUUGCGAUCAAUGGGGAUCGAUGUCGCCAUCGCCAUGGGCAACUACUACUUCACCUGCGCAACAACUGGAGAGAAAUCCAAAGUCGAGUACACCUUUGGCUACCAACGCUGCGACGACGGCAAGGUGCGCAUCUUCUUGCACCAUUCGUCCGUGCCGUACGACGUCUCCGGUAAAGCAGCGGACCCCAAGGGUCAUUUGGCGGCCAGCGUAGCAGCGGUCACCCGGGAAGAUGUGAUCGCUGUUCAGAACGCAUGGGGGGGGGCGCGAUCAAAAAGAUUUCGAGGAUCUACAUGGAGAAUGGCGACUACGUCCAGGCCGCUGCUACCGCAGCUGGUGAGCUCUACGCCUACGGCAAGUACGACGUGCUUUUCGAGCCGACCAAGGCCGCCCAACACCAGUUCCGGCCGAAGGCCGAAGAUGCCAUGUCCUAUCUUGUCGGCUGCAAGGCUGUCGAACAUGGGUACGCUGAGGACGGAGGUUUUGAGAUCAAUGGGGGCAAGGGCUGGUCGGAUUGCGUGUAUGACAACCACCAGAUCGAUCUCGAUGGUCAUGUCGCCAUCGCCAUGGGCAACUACUACUUCACCUGCGCAACAACUGGAGAGAAAUCCAAAGUCGAGUACACCUUUGUCUACCAACGCUGCGACGACGGCAAGGUGCGCAUCUUCUUGCACCAUUCGUCCGUGCCGUACACGGCCUUUCAAACGAAGGCCCCUGGUGCCGAACUUGAUUCGACAGUGACCGGUGCAUAAGAGGCCAGUACAAUUCCCUCCAGCCAUUCUGGAUGGGUAAGGCGUGGAACUUCCACUUAUUAUCGUGCGCAGUAUGGUUUCGCGCUUUCCUCCCCAGCCCCUGGGGCGGUGUUUGCGCGUCAGCAUUUUUCCGCGAGGUAUCUUUAGCUAGAGGUUCUUAAGCUUAUCACAUUCCCACUCAUCAUCGUGUACAGUAUGGUUUCGCGCUUUCCUCCCCAGCGUCUGGAGCGGUGCUUGCGCGUCAGCAUUUUUCUGCGAGGUAUAUCUAGCUAGAGGUUCUUGAGAAUUGGGCAUUCCCACUCGUCAUCGUGUGCAGUAUGGUUUCGCGCUCUCCUCCCCACUCCCUGGAGCGGUGUGGGCGCUUCAGCCUCCUAAGCUUAUUGAAUUUCCACUUGUCAUCUUGUGCAUUCUGGUUGCGCGCUCCAAUGUGCCCGUGCAACCGUUUCUUAUUGUGCAGCGAGGCCGCCGAUCUUUCGGUGUUCGACCCGUGCGCACGCCCAUCUUCAUUGCCAAGUCCGGCCCAGGAUCGUCAGUACAGCAGAAUCCAGGCGGCGCAAACUCUUGGACCAGCGAUUUGAUGAUAAUGCAGAGCUCUUGACGCUUCGCGUGCACCCAUUGGCCCAUCCAGAGGCGAUUCGUAGGCCAGUUGUCGGAUCAUGGAAGUGGACGACCCAAGAGGGGGAUCCCAGACAAAUCGAGGUUAACGUCAGACGGAGCAGCCCCCAGCAAUGACCAUCUUUGCGAGCUCUGAGGG